AUGGCAUCUGAAACAUGCAAAGGAGGUGCAUGUGGAUCUGAUGACGAACGGUUUGUCGUAGUGAGAAGGAGAGGGAGGAAAGGUUGGAGGCGACCUUGUGGAACAGAUGGGAAGGUUGCAAUGGCUAUUUGUGAUCUGGGAAAUCAGGUUUCAGUAGAGAAAAUUGAUACAGUCAUGAAAAAUGCGUGCAGCAACACCGAGCUGAUCAAGUACAGCCGACAGGUUAUUUCUUUACUUCUCAAAUCCCUCUCCGGACGUCAACUUUCAAGCAUUUGGGCCCUUGGACUAGGUUCUUUCAGUCGCUGCUGUUAUCCUGGUUGUGAUCAGCUAGCGAUGUUGCUAGAAUUGCAACAUUAUUUCGGGUGUGAAGUUUGCUUUCAAGAACCUUGCCUAACGGAAACGGAAAAGCGUUGGCUAUGCAAUCAUGACAUUUACGUAUCCGAAACCAAAGAUUUAUUAAAAUGUCGGAUAUCUGAUGAUGACGACAACAACGAAAAUGUCGUGUUAUUCUACGCACCACACUGUGGUCAUGCUAUAUAUAACAGUGUAAUUUAUGCGCAUAGGAAGAAAUUAAAAAGGAUUAUUAUUGCAGGUAACAAUUUUCAUUCGGUGAAUCUUAUGACGAAGCAUUUGUCAAAAUAUGAGAAAUCUAUACAAAAUCCGGAAGAAUACAAUGUAAUGGAAAUUUCUGAUUGCAAUGAACUUCAAGCUCUCUCACUUUAUAGUGAAGUGUGUUCAUUAUUAAAAUUUCCUACUUUUAAACCAAAUUUUGCUGUUUUCAACGACACAGCUUUACAUUUUCUGUCACAGAAUGCUCCACUGCCGGAAAUUUCCGAAAUAAGGCCAAAGUAUCGACUGUUUCGGCACGAAAUUAUAAUUUGA